AAAAUACAUAAUAAUAAAAAAUUGAACGUCGGCUUCAAGCUGCCAUGGACAUCGUCAUCGAGCUCUGUCAUCGCCGGAGACAAAUCGCCAGGACUCGCCGUGGACGUUCCAAAUCGAUGAUCGGCAAAAGCCCAUGGGUCUGAAGAGGUUAUUGCAUUUCAGGAUCAUUUCGUUUGAUUUAGACAAUCUGAACCGACUAAAAUUCCCUCUGAGACACGAUGACUCCGCCACUGCUGAAGCUCGCCAAUGGAUACCGAAUUUCUCCGAACCUUAGAUCGCCAGAUUCUCUUGGGCGUCUUCGUCGCUUUCGUCGCAGUCAGUGCCAGUGCUGCUUAUUGUCUCUCCUCCUCCAAGAAACGCAGAGGGUGUUUAGAUCCAGAGAAUUUCAAGGAGUUCAAGCUUGUAAAGAAGCAGCAACUUAGUCACAAUGUCGCCAAACUCGUUUUUGAACUCCCUUCUUCUACUGCUGUUUUGGGUCUUCCCAUUGGACAACACAUCAGUUGCAGGUUUUGCUCUUCAAUGUCCUCUUCAUUGGUUUAUCUCUGUUUCGUACUCGUCUCUUUGAUAUAUGUGUUUAGCAACGGGCAACGGUCCCUUGUUGGAGAUCUCUUUGGGCUUCUCUCUGCAGUCUCAUGUGGACUAUUUACAGUUCCUCCUUCCUUUAUGUGAAGUUUGGGUUGAAGGUGUUGAGUUACAGUGAUCCAUAAGAAACGAAUGACAAGGAAGAAGAGGCGGGGCCAAGUGUGCUUAGGCUCCUUCUUCAGCUUCACUUGUUUAUUGUCUCAGCUGCAUCAGAAGACUCCAAGAAACCCUCUAGAAAAUUUAGCGUGAAGAAGACAUUGAAGCUCAAUUAACUAAAGAACAAAGGUAACUCAUUGAGUUUUUUAACUUUGAUGUUGUCUUGGACAAGUAAAAAGUUUAUAAUGAAUGAUGACGACGUUUGUUUCAUUUAUGUUGUAUUAAAGAAAUUCUUGGAAGUCUUGAAGCA